AGUUUGGAGCCUAAGAAUAUAGAUGAAAUCUUGGCGUGGGAUGCGCAAGAGAGCCAAAGAAGAACAGAAAAGAAAUGAUGUGGCAAACGGAAGAUGCAAGAGCCGCCAUAAUCCCACCAACUUAUAACCCUAGAGAUGAGGAUGAGGACGAUGACAACACUCUUCUUCCCACCAUAGCAUGCCCUUCAUGUGGCCACAGCUUCCCAUUAUUUGAUCAGAGGGGGAUUGUUCAUGAUUUGGUGGGACUACCAGCGGGAGUGAAGUUUGAUCCGACUGACCAAGAAAUCUUGGAGCAUUUGGAAGCGAAGGUAAUGGGGGAUGCGAGGAAGAUUCAUUUUCUCAUUGAUCAGUUCAUUCCCACAUUGGAAGGAGAUGAUGGUAUUUGUUGUACACACCCAGAGAGACUUCCAGGAGUAAGCAAAGACGGACAAAUCCGCCACUUCUUCCAUCGGCCUUCGAAGGCAUAUGCUACCGGGACUAGGAAACGGCGUAGAGUGCAGAAGAACAUGGAUGAGAGUGAAACAAGGUGGCACAAGACGGGCAAGACGAGGCCGGUCCUCUUCGGCGGAGCCGUGAAAGGGUUCAAGAAGAUACUUGUGCUCUACAUCAAUUAUGGGAGGCAAAGGAAGCCUGAGAAGACCAACUGGGUGAUGCACCAAUACCACCUCGGCAAAAACGAAGAGGAGAGAGAUGGAGAGCUGGUCGUGUCCAAGGUGUUCUACCAAACGCAGCCUAGACAACCUAGUUCGACGACCCUCCAAGGGCCAAAGGACACAACACCGAUGAGUGCUCAAAGCUUGCAUGAGAAUGUCCAUGUACCUGGGAGCUCUAUUAAUGUGAUCGAGUAUUAUAGUAACCCAUCUUGUAGUGAGUCUUACGACCAGCUGAUUAUUCCUAACUUCGUCGAUCAAGGCGAGGCGGCUUCUUUGGUCCCGCUAUUGGAAGAUUCGAGCGAGGGAAAGCUUGUAAAAUAUCAAUAGGUGAAUUGGGGGUGAUAGUUUUUCUUAUGUGUGGCAGCAAAAACCCUAGCAUUAUUAGUUUGGGAGUGUUAGUUAUCGUCUAGCUUCGCAAUGACAGUGAUUAGUUGUUUGAUUGGGAUUGAAGAAAAAAAAAAGAGAGUAAUGAGGGAAAUUUUAGCUCCUUUG